GCGGUCCGCGGCGCUGCCGCAAUGGACAGCCGCUUUUCGGAAGACUAUGAUCCAGCAUCAGACGUCCAAUUGGAGCUUGCUGAGACGGGCGACUGGGACGAAGCGCUCGAGGCGUAUCGUGACCGCCAGAAAUGGAAGCAACAAGGCGCAGCGAGACUGCGUGCCGCCGGUUUCACGGACGCGCAGAUCAGGCAGUGGGAAAAGGGGGGCGAGAAGGACAUUGAUGAUGUCCGCUGGAGCGGAGCGGGUGAGAAGCGUGAGUGGUAAGUAUUC